CAAAUUACCCCCAAAGAACUCACCAUUUUAACCGGCCCACAACGCCAUUUUAGUAAUUUCACUUUCACAACCACAUUCGCCGGCUGACUCCAUUUUUUGCCGCCACUUUUCCAACCGUUUGUUUUUCUUCUCAUCCUCUUUUCCAUUACAAACAAUCUCCAUCCUCAAAUCUCAAUUCCCCUCUCUCUAAUUCACUCUCCAUUUUGUUUUCUUCUAAUCAAAAUAAUGAAAACGGACAGUGAGACCCUAUUGCAUUCUGAUCAAUUUGUCAAGCCGAGGCGGUCGAAGUCUCGCGAUGUGAGCUCUCGCUAUUUCUCUCCGAGCUCCAUUGGUCCGACUGAAAGUGGAAUCCCAUCUCCGGACCACUCAUUCUCUCCGCUCCGGCAAAAACCCAGAUCUUCUACUGACAGUAGAAAGCAACGAAACCUCGAAGACGGUGGGUUGAUUCGUGGACUUUGGCCAUCUUCAACCACCUCCACCACUUCCACCACCACCACCACAAGUUCUUCAAACAAAAAGCUUGGUACUCUAGCUGAAUAUCUUGGAAAUGAUAGGCUCAAAGACCUCAUUAUCGACGACAACAAAAGCAACGAAAACUCCGAUAAUUCCAUGACGUUUCUUAACAGACAAAGAAGUUGUUCAGAGUUCAGUAGGUUUGAGAAAGAUGAACAACCCAGAAAAAGUGUGAAAGAUAAUCACAAACCCUUUUUCGGAGGGUCGAUGAGGUACGCCGGAAAGUUACGCUUUCCGGGUCGAUCAUCCACUUCUUCAUCAUCAAAUCAGUCUCCGGCUUUACACGAUGAUAUAAUUCCGGGACGAUUCUCAGUCGAUGAAAAUGCGCUUCGCCGGAGAUCAUUAGGGCAAAGAUCAUCAGACUCAGUUUUAUCAGACACCCAAGACUCCGAAUCCGAAUGCAGCGACGUAUGUUCCGGCACCAGUUUUGGAUCUUCAGGUACCGGAAAACAGUCAUCAAAAAAGUCCGGUAUCGAGGUUUCGUCGAGGUAUUUAUCAAACAGGCCUCGAAAAGGGACAUCGGAUUCAAACAUUCCGAUCCCAGCAUCGCCAGAAAAUUCUCCGAAAAAUUUUAGUAAGAUAAAGAAUGGGGUGAAGAGAGCGAAUUCAUUGACUGCAUAUGGAAGUGCCAAGUCAAACUGGGCUUUGUCACCGGGGAGGUCGGGGCCAUUGCCGAUGUCGGUGGAAAAUAAAGGGAAACCGAUGUCGUUUUCGAGCUUGAGGCCUCCGACAAGCCCAUCGAGAGCGAAAGGUGUUGGGAAUCUUUUGAGUAUGGGACUAGAUUUGUUCAGAAGUAAGAAAUCUCCUGCAACUUCUUCUUCUUCAUCGUCGUCGUCUUCGCCUUCGGGGUGUGGUAUGGGGGAGAGUGUGCAUCAACUUCGACUACUGCAGAAUAGAUUGGUUCAAUGGAGAUAUGUGAAUGCUAGAGCUGAUGUUGUGAAUGAGAAGAUGAGUAAUCAGGCUGAGAGCAAUUUGAUAUAUGCUUGCAAUAGCAUUGCAAAGUUACAACAUUCUGUGCUACAAAAGAAGCUACAACUUGAGAAAGACAAGCUUGAGAUGAAGCUGAAUUUCAUUCUUUAUUCACAAAUUAAGUCAUUGGAAGCUUGGGGAGACAUGGAAAGACAACACUCAUCAACAAUUUCCAUGACCAAAGAUUGUUUACACUCAGUUAUUUGUAGAAUACCCCUUGUGGAUGGUGCAAAGAUGGAGACACAUUCAACUUCCAUAGCACUUCGACAUGGAUCAGAUCUUGCAACAUCCAUCAAGUCCAUGUUAUCCAUUUUCUCACCAGGGGCUGAGAAGACAGUUUCGAUGCUUUCGGAACUAGCACAGAUUGUAGCACAAGAGAAGGCACUUUUGGAAGAAUUGUUCGAGAAUUUCAGGGUACUUUCAACACUAGAGGUAAUUGAAAGUCGCACAUUGUUUAUUAGUUCAAAUGUAACAAUGUUGUUUUGUAAGACUAUAGGACUAUAA